AUGUCGACGGCGCCGAACCAUCGAGCAGACUCUUCCGCACUCUCGUCUAUUCCCGACAUCUCACUCGGCUCGUUCGCCUCCACUUUCUCAACCCCUGGCCGGCCCCUUCGUAUUCCCUCCUCUUCGACGGCCACUACAGCGGUCUCACCGUCCACAUCUUUCUCUAAACGACGCGCAGAGGAAGCCACACCCAUCUCGAAGCGUUUCGGACGAGGCGGCGAUGAUGAUGACGACGACGGAGACGUCUUGGACACCCCGGACGGGAAGAAGGAGGGGCGGUGGGAUGCGUCUGAGAUCGCGGGUACGGGGAAACACAAACGGACACGCAGUUCCACCGCGAAGGGGGGUAUCAACUUGACUCUACGAGACCAGGAGAAGCACAUCGACGCGCUCAAGAAGGAGAACUUUAACAUCAAGCUCAAGGUGCACUUCCUCGAGGAGCGCCUCGCCCAACUCGCCCCCGACCAGAUCGACGCCGCCCUGAAGCAGAACAUCAACCUCAAGAUCGAGGUCCAGCAGCGCGGCAUGGAGCUUAAGAAGCUCAAGAAGCUCAUGCUCGAGGCCCAACGCGCCCUCGACCAGCUCCAGCGCUCCGGCGGCGCCGACUCCCGCGCCCGCGAGCUCGAGGAGAAGCUCGAGGAGCGCGAGCGCGAGAUCCGCGGGCUCAGGCGACGCCGCGGCCCCGGCGCGGACGACGGCCUCCUGCGCGAGCUGGAAGCGCGCAACGCGGAGCUCGAGGAGGAGCUCGAGAACGUCCGGGCGCUGCUCGAGGAGAACACGGACGAGCUCGAGCGCAUGCGGGAGCUCGCCGAGGCCCGCGGCGACCACUCCUCCCACGGCGACUCCCGGUGGCGGCGGCAGGUCCAGGGGCUGGAGGGCGACAACGGGGAUCUGCGCGCGCGGGUGGAAGAGCUCGAGGAGGAGGUGGCGCAACGGGCGGACGAGCGGGAGGACCUGAUGGACGAGCUCGAAGCCGCCCGGCUCGAGCUUGAGGACUUGGAGCGGAGACGGGAGGCGGAGACGUUGGAGCGCAGCCAGAGUCGGGCGCAGGUGAUCGAGGAGCGGGAGGAACGGGAGGCGGUGGAGGAAGACCUCAACGCGAUCCGGGACAAGCUCGCGGCGGCGCAGAUCGAGCUGCAGCAGAAGGAAGACGACAUCGACACGAAGGACCGGGAGAUCGAGGAGCUCAUUGCGGAGCACCACCGGGUCGUCGAAAGCGUCGAGGACCAGUGGCGUGGCGAGGUGGACGAGGCGAAGGGCCAGAUGGAAGAGCUGCGUGAUGCUCUGGAGCAGCGGGAUGCGGAAUGCAAGGAGCUCCGGCUGCACAUCGACGAGUACGAGGCGAACGCCGAGGAUCUGCAUCAGAAGUUCGAGGCGACGCUCGCACAUCUGGAGCGGGAGGCUGAAGAGAAGGACAACGAGCUGGAGGCGGCCAACCGAGAUCUUGAACGGAUCAGCAACCAGCUCUACACUCUUGAGGAGGAGCAUGAGCGGGUGAAGGAGCAGAUGGACCGGGUCCGAGAGGACGAAGGGGUGGAGCGGGAUCGUCUAGAGCAACUCGCCGCCGCUCUCAAGCAGAAAGUCGCCGGGCUCAAAGCGGACCUGGAGGAGCUCACCGACCUCUACAACCAGCGGGACGCAGAAGUGCAGGAGCACCGCGAUCGCAAGGAGGACCUCGCCCGCCACAUCGAGAAGGUCGUCGAAGAGCUCCAGCGCGAACGCGAGCUGCGCGGUGGCCUGGAGGCGGAUCUCGACAAGGCCGACCAGGAGCACGAGGACGCGAUACGCCGGGAACGACGCUCGCUCGAAGCCAAGGAGUCCGCCCUCCAGUCCGCGCUCAACGACCUCUCGCGCACGCAGUCGCUCCUCACUCAGCGCGAGGCCGACCUGGCUGCGGUCCAGACGGCGCUGCAGACGCUCGAGGCCGACAACAAGAAGCUCGGGGAGUCGCACACGAACGCACGCUUCUCGCUCCAGCUCGAGGUCGACCGGCUGCGGCGCGACGUGGAGCGGCUCGAAGACGAACUCGUGCGCGCCCGCAAGGACCUCGACGACCGCGAGGGCAAGGGGCGUGAUCGGGACGGGGUCAUCGACAAGCUCCACGCGGAGAACCGUGAUCUCGCGGCUCAGCUUGCUGCGCAGACGCAAGCACGUUUGAACGUUUCCGAGAAGCUCGACGACACGCAAAGCAGCCUGCGCGCGGCGGAGAACGAGACGUCGACGCUCAAGGCGCGUAUCGCGGAGCUCGAGCAGCGGCUGUCGAAGGACCAACGGGCGCUGCUCGCUGCGGAGGCACAAUACCGCGACCAGCUCACGGAGCGCAACACGCUCCUCCUCACGAUCUACCAGUACAUGGACAAGAUCGUGGGCGUGGAAAAGACGCCGAAGAAGAACGGUCAAGCGGAGACAAAGCCGUUCACCAACUUCAGCGUCUUCCACGACAACCUCAUCACGCGCUUGAAGGCUUUGAGCCACAUUCAGUCGGAAUUCGACAAGCGCGUGAAGGAAGCCGAGCAGCGCUACAGCGACAAGCUCACGGACAUGCGCAAGCAGCUCGACCUCCGCUGGAGGCAGAUCGACAAGUUCGAGGCGAGCGUCAAGACCAUCGCGGAGGCGAAGGCUACGUGGCGGAAGAAGCUCGCCACGAAGGACGGGGAGAUCGAGGCGCUGCAGGCCACCAACACCGCGCUCCAGUCGCACGUCGUCUCGCGCAAGGGGACCCAGGGCGAUUCUAUGGAGAUCCGCUCGCUGACCGCCCGGGCGCAGAACGCCGAGCGGCGAGCCAUCAACCUCCAGAAUCAGCUGCUGCAAUCGGAAGAGCGGCUCACCGCGGUCAACCAGAAGACGACGGUGGCGGACACGAAGUGGGAGUCCCGUGUGAAGCAGUACGAGACGAUGUUGAAGACCGCGGAGGAGAAGGUGAAGCGCGAGCGGCAGGGCGGCAAGGAGCGCGCGUUGGAGCUGGAGACCCAGAUGAAAUCUCUCCAGCGGCAGCUCGAGUCAGCGCACAAGCGCACCACGAUGCUCAACGAGAUCAUCGACAACGCCGGACUGUCGUCGAAGGGAUCCCCCGUUCCCGGCAAGUCGUAA